GUAACGCUGUUUUGAUGUUGAUAUAAAUAAAUUGUUAAGGCAACUAACUAUGAGUGAAUACAAAAUUGCGAUUGUAACAGGUGCUAAUAAGGGCCUAGGUUUUGCCAUCGUCAAAGGUUUAUGUCAAAAUUUUAAGGGCUCAGUAUAUUUAACAUCACGAAACGAAGAUCGUGGUAAGAAUGCUUGUCAAGAAUUACAGAAAUUAGGUUAUACACCUCAGUACUACCAGCUCGACGUAACCGAUGAAAAAAGUGUGUUCAAUUUAUGUUCAUUUUUAAAAUCACGUAAGAUUGAUUUGUUAAUAAACAAUGCUGGAGUUCUGUUUCUGAAAGAUUCAAAAGAAUCUAAGAUUAACCAAGCAGAACAAACUUUAUUAAUUAACUUUUUCGCUUUAGUUAACUUUACUGAAGCAAUUUUACCUUUUAUGAAUGAUCAUAGUACUAUUCUCAAUAUUUCAAGUUCGUCUGGACACUUAUCACGAAUACCUUCAGAGAAGUUAAGAAAAGAAAUAAGCAAUCCUAAUCUUAGCUUAACUGAUUUAAAGAGUUUAAUGAAGAAAUACAUAGAUUCUGUAAAAUUUAACAGAGAAAUUUUAGACGGCUGGGGCGAUUCGCCUUAUGUGGUGUCAAAAGUUGGUUUAAAUGCCUAUACUUUUAUACUGAAUCGGAGAUUUAAAGAAAGAGGUAUUUUAGUAAAUUGCGUGCACCCCGGUUAUGUAAUGUCAGAUAUGACACGAGGAGCUGGUACUGUGAGUCCAGAACAAGCUGCUGAAGUGGUGAUGAAAUUAGCACUUACACCUGAAACCGGCGGUUUAUAUGUAUGGCACAAUGGUGACACUGUACCAUGGGAUGGACCGGAUCCACGGGGAUAUAUUGACGGAAAACCUUUAUAAUAUAACCUUAAAUACAUCCAUAUCAUUUGUGUAACACAAAACAGCAAUUAAUUAAGAAUUAAGUCAUUUAAAUUUUCUAAGUUUGGGAAAUAAAUUGCGAACCAUUUAUUUUUCUUUGAAUCAUUGUCAAUU